AUGUGCUCAAGGAUCGAAAACUUGGUGGCUGAAAAAGUUGAAAAAGCCAACUGUUCAAACUCUACUUCAGAUAAACUACUGGCGAACUUGCUGCUCUUCACGCAGAUGAUUCAAGUCCCUUCCUUCAGCCAAGUUCUUGUCAUCGGUGGUGGUCCUGGCGGCUCUUAUGCUGCCACUGUGCUUGCUCGAGAGGGCUUCGAGGUCACCCUUCUUGAACGGGACAUUUUCCCAAGAUACCAUAUUGGCGAAUCACUCUUGCCAUCUGUCCGACCAUUUCUGCGGUUUAUUGGGGCUGAAGAUGUCGUCAAAAAUCACGGGUUCGCAGAAAAGCCCGGAGCGGCUGUGAAGCUGAACCAACAUAAACGUGAAGGAUAUACCGACUUCAUCUCUCUUAAUCCCGAAAACGGCGCGUGGAAUGUAGUCCGCUCUGAAUUCGACGAGCUUUUGCUCCGUCAUGCUGCGGCCUCUGGUGUAACCGUCCGCGAAGGCGUUAAGGUGAAGGAGAUUGGCUUCACCCACGGCGCACCGGUUUCUGCCCAAUGGGAAAGCAAAACCGGAGAAUCUGGAUCGAUCAAUUUUGGCUACCUCGUGGACGCGUCAGGAAGACAUGGUAUCAUGUCGACGCGCUAUUUACAGAACAGGCACAUCAACAAGUCGCUCCGUAAUCAGGCGGCGUGGGGGUAUUGGCGCGGAACGAACAUGUACGCGCCAGAAAACUUGCCAGAUCGUAAGAACGCGCCGUGGUUCGAAGCUCUGACCGAUGAAACGGGAUGGUGUUGGUUCAUACCUCUUCACAACAAGACUGUCUCUGUUGGAGUUGUGUUGACCGAAGAAGCGAGUAUAGCCAAAAAGCGCGCAAACAAAGAUGGGAGCCUCAAAGACCAUUAUCUCGAACAGUUAAAGCUCGCACCAGGACUCAUCCGUCUUCUCGGAGACGGAAACUUGGUCUCGGAAGUCAAAUCCGCAGGAGACUAUUCGUAUUCUGCCACCCAUUACGCAGGUCCACGCUAUCGUCUCGUUGGUGAUGCAGCAGCAUUCAUCGACCCAUUAGUCUUUUCUAGCGGUGUACAUCUUGCCUUCACUGGCGCGCUCUCCGCUGCAAGUUCUAUCGCGGCAUCAAUCAAAAGACAGUGCUCGGAAACCGAAGCAAUUGCCUUUCACAAUGCUAAAGUUGGAACAUCAUAUACGAGAUUCCUGCUGGUCGUCUUAGGAAUAUAUAAGCAAAUCAAAGCACAAGAGUCUCCGGUUCUCUCAGAUGUCGAUUCAGAUAACUUUGAUCAAGCCUUUGUGUUCCUUCGCCCCAUCAUCCAAGGAGCCGCCGAUGCCGAUCCAGAACUUACUGAGAAAGAGCUCCAAGACACGAUGGACUUUUGCGCCAAUGUCUUUGCACCGACUAAUCCGCUCAUGCACACUCAGGUCGCUGAGAAAUAUGGUUCCGGUUCCUCGAUGCUCUCUCCAACCGCAGCUAUCAUGAGUGUCGACGCCAUAAUGAAGCUUGCGGGAAACGAUGAGGACGCGAAGCAUGUUCUCCUCGAAGUCAACGCUCGCAAGGCAAUCCAUACCAUGUAUGAUGCCGACACAAAUUUCGCGACGGAGAUUAUGGGUGGGUUUUGUGUGAGAAUGCAACAAGGCAAUUUGGGUCUGGUUCGCGUCUAG